AUGAGUAAUAGAGGACAAAGUUUUAAAUUACCGGAGGAUCCUGUCCGAUGUAAGAUUAUACAUGGCAAUACAUGCCAAAGUCGAAAUCUUCUUCGGAUUAUUGGAAUUGAAAAUGUUUUGCGGCUAAAUAUCUUAUUGAAUAUUGUCCCACGAAACAGAUUAGCCUCAAUUAUCAACUAUCCUUAUCCAAUAAAUGAAUAUACUCGCUUUAUACAUUAUUCUUACAAAGAGAAAACUGAAAAACUUCCAGAAGAUAUAAGAGAAGUUAGAAACUUGAUCCAAUCAGUAAAUCUUCAAACUAAUGCUACUCAUAUUAUAGCAAGUAUUGAUUGGGGAAUUGAAGCUAUUAUUAUUAUACGAUUAUCAUCUAACAAUAAUAUUGUCACACAAAUAGAUAAAAUACUUAAAAAAGUCGAAAGCAUUUUAAAAGGAGCGUCAGAACUAACAACUCUGAAUUCAGAUGAUGCAAGAUUCCUUGGAGAAAAUACUACUAUCAUAGUCUAUUCCAAUAUAUCUUAUCUCAAUGGAAUGACUUCAAUGAAUGAUAUUUGUCAAUUUAUCAAUAAACGCAAUGAAGUUUAUAAGGUGUUUCGACCUCUGGAAUAUACUCUAAAACCUAUAGAAUUAUUCAAUCCACAAUAUAAUCGAUUAGAUUCACCAAUUAUUCAAUUAGAGUCGACUUACAAUGAAAAACUAGAAAAAAUAUUUGUUAAAAUAUUUAGACAAACUUAA